AUGGCCAUCUCACUGACCUCCCCCUCUCUCUUCUCUCAGGUGUGCAAUUGCAACAAGUACUUGAAGGUCUCGCGGGAGAGGAUGAAGCAGCUGGUGGAGAGCAGCAGACAAGUGUCAGGGGAGCACAGUGCAGGCCGCCCGAGGAGCCAGAGCUGCAGUGUCACCGUGCCAGUCUGUGACACAGCCCAGCCUGGCUGCGCCCCACACAGCGAGCAGGCAGAGGGGACGGAGCAGUGCGGGGCGGCCACGGGGCUGGCAGGGCACACGGUCCUGCAGGUCACUGCCAUCCCCCCCGGCGUGCUGGACAGAGCAGAGCUCACCGACUUCUACUGCUGCACCUGCUGUGGGAAAGUGUUUUGGGAAGGGUCCCAUUUUGGACGCAUCGUGUCCCAGUUUCAGGAUGUUCUUGUGGCCUCUGGGGACACACAGAGCAUCUAUGAGCUGAGCUGAGCUGAGCUGAAGCACGGGGGCUCCACAGGGGAACUGGGACUGCCUGGUGAACCUGAGCAGAUUUUGGGCCGUGGGUUUCCGGAGAGAGGCUGAAAGUGGGGAGGCAGGAGCUCUCAUUUUGGGAUCCAUCACAGAGAGCACUGUCACAGGUGCACCCAUGGUUUGCAACAGCCCAAAAAUACAUGGCCUCCAUGAGAUCAUUAAAGCAGAGGUGGCUGAAGAAUGUGCCCUUUGCUUUAUUUCUGCCCCUCUCCAAAGUACACAUGGCAAGAUGGUGGGAGAGCUCUGGUGAACAAAACCACCACCCCAGCAGUGCUGACUCCACCUCACCCACACACCCCAGUGCCUCUCUGCCCACUCACUCAUGGGGAGCAGGAGCUGCAUCCCCAACAGCAGCACAGGGCAGAGAGCAUCCUGAGCACUCCCAGCCUGUGGGACAUGUGCCAAGCCUCAACCCAUCCCCAGCAUCCUGCUCACCCUGACCCUGCACUCCCAGCACUCCUGGAGGCAGCUGGUGGGCACAGGCAUGGAGGUCUGGGGAGGCUGAGCAUUGCUGGGCUCAGGGAAAUUUCUGGUGCACCACAAUGCCCACUGGCACCUGCACCCCCUGUGCUGCAGCCUGGGAUGCCCCAGCAGGGCCAGGCUGGUCCUGAGGGGGCUCCCACUGGUGCCAAAGCUGCCAGCCUCUUCCUCCCCUGGGGAGACACCUCAGCACAGCCCGUGCCCAGGCUCUGUGCAGGGUACACAGGAGAGGCAAUAAGGUGUG